AUGGAAAAUGUUCAAUUGGAACAUGAAAACGUGACUGCAUUGGUGUUAGUUACUCUUCGGGACGGAGUGGAAGAAGGGAGGAGAUUCUCGAACGAGGUUUUAUUACUAUUUUUAUCCUUUAUAUUACCCUAUUAAAUUCGGACAGGUCCCUUUCAAUGGGUUUUAAAAAACACUAAUGUUUUCGAAAACUAUUAGCUGGCAUGUCAAGGAAUAGGAUAUAUACGGCCGAUUUCAUUAGUGUAAGCAGACGAAUUCCUAUUGGUUGUCUCACAUCUAUCCGGUUCUGCAUGUCAUACGGGUUCGGAUUCCAAACCUUCAGAGCUGGACAACCCUAGACAGUUCUAAUCUAUUUCAGAUAGCAAAACUGGACCAUAGAGUUUUUAAAGCUUCUCAUCUCCAAAAAAGUGUUUGACUAAUAUCCCAUAAAAAACUCGUAUUUAAACAUUAUAAGAGAAAAAGAAUAUAUAGUGAUUCCUAGUAAAACGAGAAAAAGAAGACAGAGUAAUCAAAAGUAAAGAUGACAUCAUUAGAAGAAUAGCACACCCCAAUCCUUCAUGGUGCCCAGGGGAUAAAACUGAAGAGAAUUUCUUUUGUCCUCCGUCCCUGUUUAUAAAUAUCUGCAUUAGCACAUGGGUAACAAGGUCAAGUCACAAGACUGAGACUGGGAUAUUAAUGAAUUAACGAAUACAAAAAUACACAAAUAUUUGAAAUUUCAUGUUCAGUUUGAAUAUUUGUGGCAUCUUCUUUAGUUAUAUUAGUUCUAUUCUCAGAAAGGAUAUUUAGCACUUAUUCAUGCAAUCACUAAAUUCGAUGAUAUAGCCACUGAACAUUUCUUUCUGUCAUAUGAGAUCCUGCAUCCCGAUACCUCCUUUUGGCAGCCACUGUCAAGUGAUAUACAUACACAUCUGAUUCUCCUUAAUACUAGUACAUCAAUGAACAAUAUCUAGCAGUAAUCAACUGUCUUGACCGUGGGGUAAAUAAAAAAUUUAAUUUUUCCUCUUUUGGUGAUAACCUACAAAACGGACCAGACAAUCAUUUCCAACUCUUCUGA